GGGGCCUGGCUGCUUGUUGUCGUCCGGUGCCGGAGGAGACGGUCGCCCGCUCGCCAGCCCCGCUCGCUCGCUCGCCCCGGAGGACUCUCAGGUCUCGCUCAGCCGCUCGCUCCGUCCCGAGCCUUCGGGGCCAUGUCGCGGUGGGCGGAGGCCCGGUGGGCCGGCGCCAGGCGGCGGACGGCGGCCGAGGCGCACUCGCCCUCCUCGAGCUUUCCCCGGAGACGCCUGCCUUUAAAAGCGCCCCGAGCUUGAAGCCCUUCAUUCGCGGCGAGGAGGCCCCGCCGGGACCGAGAGCAGGAAACGCCGGCCCCGAGGGUGCUGGCAGCUCCGUGCCUGCCCCGGGUGCCAGGGUCCCUUUCCCCGGCAGGACACGCACACUUCAGCAGCCGUCGCGCAGGGAACCCGCCCCGUGAGCCGAGACCAUGAAGCUGUUGGAGAACUCAAGUUUUGAAGCAAUAAACUCCCAGCUGACGGUGGAGACGGGAGACGCUCACAUCAUCGGCAGGAUCGAGAGCUACUCGUGCAAGAUGGCUGGUGACGACAAGCACAUGUUCAAGCAGUUCUGCCAGGAGGGCCAGCCCCACGUCCUGGAGGCCCUCUCGCCUCCACAGACCACAGGCAUCAGCCCCAGCAGGCUCAGCAAAAGCCAGAGCGGGGACGAAGAGGGACCCCUGAGCGACAAGUGCAGCCGCAAGACCCUCUUCUACCUGAUCGCCACCCUCAACGAGUCCUUCCGCCCCGACUACGACUUCAGCGCUGCCAAGAGCCACGAGUUCAGCCGGGAGCCGAGCCUCAACUGGGUGGUGAACGCCGUCAACUGCAGCCUCUUCUCUGCCGUCCGGGAGGAUUUCAACGCCCUGAAGCCGCACUUGUGGGACGCCGUGGACGAGGAGAUCUGUCUUUCCGAGUGUGACAUCUACAGCUACAACCCCGACCUGGAUUCGGACCCCUUUGGAGAGGACGGCAGCCUCUGGUCCUUCAACUACUUCUUCUACAACAAGAGGCUGAAGAGAAUUGUCUUUUUUACCUGUCGUUCCAUCAGUGGCUACGCCUACAACCGCUCGGAAGCCGGCAACGAGCUGGACAUGGACCUGGGUGAAGAGGACGCGGAGGAGAACAGAGAUGGGGGUGACACGGAGAGCGGCAGCAUCGAGGAGGAGAGGCAGCAGGUGAUCUGCAUGUGACUCCGGCAGCGGCUCCCAAGUUGCCCGGCGGCCCCCAACCGUCCUCCCGUGGCCCCCCCGAGCGGCCCCCCCGCCCCGUCGCUCCGUCCGUCCGUCAGCCCCACGGCAUC